UGUGGGGAGAGAUGAUCACGACUGCAGAGGAUCGAGAGAGGAUCACGAGAGGAUGCCCCAGCCAGCGCACAGCCCCCCAGCGGCGCACCCCGGAGACACAGCGCCCCCGUCCAGGAAGCGCAAGAGGAAGCAGAGACCCGUCUUCAGCUGUGCAGAGUGUCGCAGGCUCAAGCUCAAAUGCGACCGCCAGGUACCGUGCAACAACUGCGUCAGGAGACAAUGUCAUACCAUCUGCCCCGAGGGGGUGCGCAUCACCCGGCAGUAUCUUGCCAGCUCCGACUCUGAGCUAGCCACACGUCUUGAACAUCUGGAAGGGAUCGUAUCCCGUCAUGGGCUUGAACCUAUACCAGAGCGGGGGCGGAGCAAGUCAUCUACAAAAAGGAUCUCCUCGCCCUCCCCCUCAGCACGGGAUCUACAAGAGCCACCUUCUGGUUCUGCGAACGCUUCCUCAGGUCCGAGAGCGGACCAAGACCCGACCCCUCGCAGGACCUCGGCUCGCCCUACGUUUGAUUUCGAGACAGCCUCCUCCACCUCUGCCGCCAGGAAUGAACCCCCGGGACAGUCUCCCAUCACGAUUUCGCCAUACCCAUCCCACCCUUUUCAAUACGAUAUCCCCGAACAUUCGCCCGCCCCGGGCGCACAGCCGCUGUCCCCAUUUCCCUCUCGAGCUUCACAGAUUUCCCCACAUGUUCACGAUGGGACAGGAGAGAAUAAAGAGACCAUCAAACACUCUCCAGAUAUGGACACGGAGGGGGAACAGAGCCACGGGACGCUUGUCAUCAGUCAUGGAGGGAGAAGCAAGUAUCUGGGUCCGACAGCGGCGAGCGAGUGGCUCCGAGAUCAAGAAACGCGACAUGACGAAGCAGGAUCCAGCGAUGUGUCCCGUGAAACUUCCCCAGAGCUUUCAGGAGUGUCUGUCCCAUCGGUCGGACGUCAAACACAUAGGGCAAUCGGUUCGCAUACCUUUCCGUUCACGACCUAUCGAAACACAGAUCGAUCAUGGUCAAGACACGAUAUAUUGGCCAAAUUGCCAGAUAAAGAGUACGCGGAUAUGCUAGUGGACAGCUACUAUCGUACAUUCAGCUGGCACUACGACAUCUGCCCUCGCCCUGAAUUCAAACCCCUAUACCAAACAGCGUACAGACUGCAGGACAUGAGCAAGUCUUCUCCGCAGAACCUUCGUCAUGAGCGAAUGAAUUAUCAGGAUUUGGGCCUUGUAUUCAUGAUACUGGCUUAUGGGACGCUGCAGUGUCUAGAACUACCGCCUGAUGAUCCCACGGCAUACGAGCUAGCUGCUGCGGCCCAGAUCGCCUUGACCAAGGGCAAUCUCCUGUCCAAACCCUCUCUAUCGGGACUGGAAGCCCUCCAUAUACUGGCGCAUUUUGGUAACGCAUCGGAGGAAGGCAGGAGUGGGGACGCUGCGUGGCCUAUAUGGGGCCUUGCUAUGAGAUUGAUCCAGGCGAUGGGUCUGCAUCGCGAUGGGGCAAAGUGGAAUUUACCCCCGGAUGUAGUCGAAGCACGACGUCGGGUAUUCUGGGAAUGCCAUGCCUCUGAUAUCUAUAUUGCGAACUGCAAUAGUCGCCCGAAUACACUCGGCCCUGGCGUCUACGAUACAGCCAUCCCGACUCAACCGCCGGGGGAGUUGGAAAAGAACUAUAUGACCUUGAAGUGGGAGUUUAGUGAAAUCGCUGCUUCAACUGUUCGCUUGUCAACGAGUAUACGGGCUCCGCCCUACUCCACAGUGAUGGAAGUUUCCAAGCAGGCGCUGGACUUUGAGAGACAAGUGCCCUUCGAUCUGCGGUGCCGGCCGGCUUUACAGGCUUUGCCAGGUGUAUACCCCGACCCUCAAGCUGCUAUCGACGAUAGCCCGGAUAUCAAUUCCAAGCAGAUACACAAGACUCUACGGAGAACGUUUCUCUUCAUCUCUAUAUCCGAGACUCUUCUCUUUCUCCAUCGGCCUUAUUUUGUGCGCGCGCUCUUGGGAGCGUCUUCCGAUCCGUCUCAGUCAAUGUACGCGCCUUCCUAUCUUACAGUGAUCGAGAGAUGCAAUGCCAUCAUCCAAUGCGUUGUAGUCGUAUACAAGCUUCAUCCAAAUGUUUCCGCUCGACAAUGGCCACUUUGGUAUCACUCGUUCAACUGUGCAGUGUCCAUGGGAUCCUUGGUCCUGAAAUCGCCUCAAAACUCUCUUUCUGAACUCGCCUUCUCCCUGCUCGAGACUGUGAUCAGAUUGUUCACAUCCGCUGUCCAAGCUGGCUCCUCACCUCGGCUUACCGCCAACCUCGAGUGGCUGACUCGUCUUCACCAUCAAUGCCAGCAGGCUGUCAAUGCCGUUCGACAUGGUGGCUCUCGUCUAGAACCGUCACUGACAGACCAGAAAGACCUUGAGGAUCCGGAAAAUCUUCUGGGGUGGAGGACGAGGCUGGUUGAGCGGGCGUCUGCUCGCGGACAAGUGGCUACUAGCAUCUCGCAAGCAUCAUCUGCCCCGCCAUCGAAUGCUAGCCCUGAUCAACAGGCGCCUUUGAUGAAUGGGCCGCUGUCUUUCAUGUCUCAACCUGCUUCAGGUGGCGUCCCGCAUGGAGUCGCAGCGUAUGACCUUGCCUUGAAUGAUAACGGUAAGAGCGUUGCCGAUACUAUCGAGGGACAGGGUGGAUCGAGCAACGAGGCAUUCACAAACAACUUUCUUCAAUCGUUUUGGGAUCCAAUGCUCCAGCAAGAUGCUCCGAUCGUCGAAGACGAAACGUGGAAUUCGCUGCAGUCGGUCAAUUGGUGGGAUUGGAAUAUGAACUGGGGCCAAGCAGGAGGUAGCGGGGAACCGUCUCAAGUGUAUCCGUUCGGAUCGACAUGAUGUAAAAUGUGAAGUAGUGUACGAUGUAGAGUAUGAUGUGAACG